AAUAUUUGACCUCAAUCUACUCAGAGCUCGAACAAUUUACCUGAUAAAAUGUAAACCAAAUUUAUCUUUAUACAGGUUCUAGCAACGAAGCUCAAAGUUUGGAACCGUCGGAGGCAAUCUCCUCAGAAGACGAGUCAAGAGAAACUCUAGUCCGUACACUGCAAAACGAGCUAGGAGGCCAUGUAGUUAACGCUCAGGGAGAGAAAAGAAGAUCUGUAGAGGAACUGACUCCGGCGAUCCGCCCUAAACAGCCAAGAUUAGUGACAAGAUCACAGCCUAUGCCAAGAGCAGAGCCUUCUCGUAGCUCUCCUAACCCUCGAAGGCAAAUUUGACCUACUCUGGUUAUUACCGAACUGGCCCAAGAAGACGUUGAAAUGCAAGAAGAGACAAAUUUCUCAAUGCUCGAGGAUACUCUACCCGAUGAUGCAAGGAUGUUGUCCCACAAGAAGGACAAGAUAAACAAAAUGAGCUGGGAGGGUGUGAUGAAGCUGGUAGAAUUGAGACGGAAACGCCCCAGCUCGGCGAGAACACAGCCUUAUUCAGCAGGGAUCUGGCACCAAAAACAAUAUCGUUUGGGAAACAAGACGACGAUGGAGUCAGAACACUUCAUGAAGCAAGGUUCCUGAGACUCCCACUAUCGAACCUGCCUGACAGGUGGAAGAACGUUCCUAUAACACGCCCCCACUUAUACAAGAAUGUUCCGUUGAAGUUCAUGGGAGCGCAUAACAUGAUUGCAGAUAAAACCAUAGGGAAUCUUCACGAUCGAGCCAAGCCGCAAACCCUUAAGAAUUUUUUCUCACAGAACGUUUGUGUUGCGGCAAAACCAGUCCGAAGGAUCGAAAGGAAAGGUUCGGAGGGUUUAGAAAUGGUGUAUGAUUAUGCUUGGGAGGACCCUUGUACCCUGGCUGAAGUAACAGAUUCAAUCUUAAACUACAUAACCAUACUUCACCAACUCUGGCCCCUAGACCCAACAGGAACCAUGAUGCUAAGAGUGAUUAAUAAGUAUAAGUGGAUCAGCGUGGCCUCGGACUUGAAGGAUAAAGUCUCGGUGAUAACUGCCUUCUUCAAUGCGGUUUUGCAAGACAAUUCUGGUCGGUCAGUUCGUGAAGAAACAAUCCUGAGCUUUAAGGAGCAGGAAGAGUUGAUGAAGAUGUCUCUUAUUGCCCACAACCUUCCCAACACAGUACCUACAGGCAGGAUCCAGAGGCAUGACCAGGACCAUUUCAACAGGGGGAAAGGGAAAUCUAUGAACCCUAAUAGUUCCCGUGCUAACCACAACUACAACGGUUCUAACAACUCCAACAACAGCCGGAACAAUGGCAACAGGUACAGCUCCGUCAACAACAGCAACAGCAGGAGGGGCAACAGCUCCAGCUCCAGACCGAGAGCUACCUAGGAGUGUGUUAUGCCUAUAACAACGAUAAUUGCAAGAACCCGUCCUCUCAGCACGGUUGCAAAAACGGAUCCCGGGAUUUAGCCCACGUUUGCAACGUAUGGGUCGAGGCGCAAAAAGCGUUCUGCCUGGCCAGCCAUCCACGCAGUAAACAUUAACAGAUUGUACCCUCAGCUGACGGUCAAAUGUCAAUUGCUUAUCCGGCUUAACUUAUAUGUAAUUGCACUUAAACCGAAUUAAUGCUUUUAUCGUUGUACUAUGCUAUUUAUUUAACCACAACUUUUCUUACCGGAUAUUAAUCUAGCAAUUUACUAAUUUCUCGUAUACAACUAGUGAAACUUCUAGUCUUGAAUAAUUGGCAUAACUUUAGCGGGAAUUUAUGUAAUAAUUUGCUAGUUAACAAAGAUAUUACAAUUUAACUUACAUGUAAUUCUGUUUAAACCACGCUUUAUUCACUUAUUUAUGCAUUAAUUUAUUUAUUUAAACCACAAUUUUUGCUUGAUAAUAAAUGAAUGUUUUACUGAUUUCUCGUCUACAGUUAAUUAAAUGCUAUUUUUAAAGAGCGGAAGAUAUUGAUAUCCAUAAUGGGAACUUCUAAAGCGCAAAGCGUUAUUUAUAAUAAAUGAAUGUUUUACUAAUUUUCUCGUCUACAGUUGAUUAAAAUGCUAUUUUUAAAGAGCGGAAGAUAAUGAUAUCCAUAAUGGGAACUUCUAAAGCGCAAAGCGUUAUUUAUCAUGCAACAGUUAUGCUGUUUAUCUAUGUUAAAAGGGGAAUCCCUUAUUCAUGAUAUCUAUAGUGAGUAUUACUUAGGCCAAGGAUAUAAGCUUAAAAUGAAUCUUUACUAAGUUCCCCUCUACAAUUAUGAAAUGCUGUUAUGAAGAAUGGAAUAUUACUUUGGCCAAAGAUAAAUGCUUAGAUUUCAUGGCAGACUCCAGGUAACCAAUACUACAAGUUUGUAUUUGGAAAUUUUAUUUAGUAUAAUGGAGUCCACAAUGAGUCAUUUUUAUGUAUUAAUAUUAAUUGCAAUUAAUUGCAAACAUACAAACUACACGAGUUUGAGAAAAUGACAUCAAUUAACCAGUUAUUAUUAAAGAGGGCGGUUCCACUGAGCUUUAACUAAUUUAUAUUAACAAUGACGUGAUUAGGGGAAGGCAACACUAACGAAAGGUCUAACACAUCAAACUUGAAUAAGGUUUUAAUGAAGGAUAAAAUGAGUUAGAAUGUCGUCUUCCUGUCCCAAAUGUUGCGAUAUGUUUGGGGGGGCAAGCUGUCCCGCGAAACUUAACUUAAAGUGUCAUAUCCAUUAUUUGUUCAGUUGUUUGACACCAAAGAUCACUGGAAAUAUUACAUGAGAUUUGUUUAAAACAAAAUAACUAUUUCUAAAUGUCUCCCUUCGUGGGACACC